UUGUUGGUGUCUAAAGGAUGCAAUCACGAAUGUGAAGCAGCAGUGCAGUGAUUUUGUGAUGACAAGGAGUAUCCAGUGCCGAGAAAUGAUUGAUGAUGUGCAACGGCAGAUGUCUGGUCUGAGUUUUCAGGAUCGUAGAAGCUCCGGCCCAUACCCAUCUGUGCACCAACCAACGGCUUCAAGUCCGCCUCCUCCACCAGAAACUCAGAAUCCAUCUCAUCCUCACCCACAUGCACCAUACUAUAGACCACCUGAGCAAAUGUCAAGGCCUGGCUACACAAUCCCACCCUACGGUCCACCUCCGCCUUACCAUACUCCUCAUGGCCAAGCGCCACCACAACCGUACCCUCCUCAGACCCAGCAACAACCUCCAUCAUGGCAACAAGGCUCGUACUAUGACCACCAGGGACAGCAGCCUCGACCUCCUUAUCCCGGCCAGAGCCCGUACCCGCCUCCUCACCAAGGUGGUGGAUACUACAGGCAAUAAGUUACAUUGGGAGAAAUAAAGUGUGGUUUUAUAUUCCUAUUGUUGUGUUUUCUGUGAGUACUUGAUGGGUAUCUAUCCCUUUGAUAUGUUUCUUGAAUGAAAUUGAAUUUUUGUUUAAUAGUGACUCAAAUUCUUCAUUCAAAGUAGAGAUGAUAUGAUGGAUGAAAGUUGUGUAAAGCACAUUAUUCAUAUAUAUAUAGAUAAUGGUAAA